AAUUUCAAAGACAUGACAGGUGGAGCACGAAAAAAAUAACAUAUGCGAAAUUUUGUAAGAUUUAUGAUGGCUGGGAAAGAUACGUUUCUGUAUUUUGGGUAUGGCAGUAACUUGCUGAAGGAAAGGAUACAGAUAAACUCUCCAACUGCCCAGUUUAAGGCUAUUGGAAAUGUGCAGGACUACAGGCUGGGCUUCUAUGGUUCCUGGAGCCGGUGGGGAGGGGGCGUGGCCACCAUCGACCCCACCCCUGGACACACCCUGUGGGGCGUGGUCUGGCAGAUCGGCAUGGAGAACCUGGACGCUCUCAACAAACAAGAGGGGGUAAAAGACAAUGAUCAAGGUGUGUACAGACCUGUGGAGCUCUCGGUGAAAACCUCCACAGGUGAAACCCUCACCUGCAGAUCCUACCGAAUCAUCGACACCAGUCAGCCCAAUCUCCCCUCCCCGCAGUACAUGGAGGUCCUGCUAGGGGGCGCCAGACAGCAGGGGCUUCCUGAGGAGUAUAUACGAGAGCUGGCCGAGAUUCAGACCAACGACUACAAAGGCCCUGUUCAAAUCAUGGAAGAUUUGAAAAAGAACAGCAAGAGUUGAUUUCUGUGGGACUUAGGAAAUCAUUUUACAAUCUGUAAUAGUUUUAGAUUGUCAAGGCUCAAAAUAAUUUUUUACCCUUUUACCGAUUUGUACAGUAGCAAUUUUUUUCCUGAAAAAAAAAAAGGAUUCUACUUAUACUUCCUCAGUAGGUAAUCAACAACGACUUGCCAAUGAAUCUGUCUUUUUGUACCCAUGUACCGGGUCAUAUGACACUGUAACCUUCUCACCAGGGCUCUAGCCAGCGUCCGUUUUUCCGUCAAUUGACGGAAAUUUGCUGCGUGUGACGGAAAAAUUAUAAAACCAAUCCAUCAACAUUGACGGACAAAAAUC